CCCGAAAUGAAUGAUCAGCUGUCCUUCAAAACCCACCCUCUUUUCCCUUAUUCUAUAUCCACACACACAUUCAAUACAAAUCAAUCCAAUUUUAAAAAGAUACAAGAGUCGUACUAGCAGUAAUGCAUUCGCACCGCCGAUACAGUGAUUAUCAUCGCGACAGCCAACAACACCGAUCGUCGCGUUCUCGUUAUUAUGAUUCAGAACGUCGUUAUCGCCAUGGCACGACUGCCACUACUCAGGAACAUCAUCGCUCGAACGCAUCAUCAAGGUUUGAAGACAGCUGAUAACUUGGGGCAGACGGGACACAACCUAUUCCCUGCUGAAUUACUACUGCGACGGUCAAUUAUGCUGACGAAAGAAAAAAAAAUAUACCUCGCAACUACUAUCACUAGCGAUUCUUCAGUCAAAAAGGAACACAGUAUUAUUGACAAAAAGCAAGACCAAUACAAAACCUCCGCCUCAGCCCCAACACCAGCGGCACCCGCAGCAGCAACAACAACGGCAACAGUAACAGAAACCUCAAACCCAACACCCGAAGUGUCAAAAUGGGAGCAACAGCAAAAGGAAACUGUCAUUGCUUUAGAAGCAGACGAAGAAGAGGAAAAGGCAGUGAUGGAACCAGUGCUCAUUUCGACGACAACAGCAGCAGAGAAAAAUAAUAGCCACAAGAAGAAUGGGACACUGGUAACGACGGUAACAACAGCAGCGAUGAACAGCGCUUUUGCAGAAAAAAAGGGCCAAAGUUUGCCAAAACCGUGGGUUGCAAUGACUUCUAGCAAAGGGGAAACGUACUAUUAUAAUAGUGAAACCGGGGACUCGACGUGGGACAGCCCGGUAUUAGCGAAAAGCAAGAGCAGCAGGGACAGUGACAUUGCGACCAACGCUGGGAAUAUUAACAGCAGUAGUAUUAAACGACGAAGAACAACACCGCCCUCAUCAUCAGCGGCAGCAACGACGGCUUCACCUGCAGCAGAAGAACGACAGCGACAUCGUUCAAAAGAACGUCGACCCGUAGCUCAAAACCUUGUACACCGCACCGAUGUCCGUAAAACUCCACCGCCACCGCCACCGCCAGCAGUACCGUCUUACGACCGCUACCAUCGGGUGCGAUACGAGGACCAGGUGUGGAUGUCAAGGCGGGAUGGUUUAGUGGACAGAGCAGCCUCUUCAUCUUCUUCUUCUUAUCGCAACAUUCGAGCACGCGACCCUUACUAUAAUGGACGAGAUUAUGGCCGUAGUAGAGGUUAUCGAUAAAGAAAACAAUGGGUUCCUUUAUUUGCUCUAAAAAAUAUUCCACAUUUUUCUGCAUUAUCACAUCGCAAUACGCACACGCGCAUUGCACGCAUUGUAUCAGCGCAUCAAAAAAAAGAACGCGAAACUCAUCAUCAGACGCAACGCGCGCGGAACACGGAUCGACAUACGUUUUGUCUGGAGACUCGGCAGUUCUUUGUAGUGGGGGUGGGGUGGGAGUGGAGAAUGGGCGCAAAGGGAGGAGUG